AUGCCACCGGCAGCACAGGGCCAGGCCUGGCAGCCCCACCCUAGUAGCUGCAGCCUCUCCGACACGACGUCUAACUGCUCCCCAGCCUCCAUCGAGAGCUGCCCCCAGUCCUCCUCUGUCUGCUCCAGCAGCACGAGCUGCCAGCUGGAGCUGUGACUGGGUUACGUCUGCCAGCCCGGGAUGUGCGUGCCCUCUGUCUGCGCGCCCACCCCCUACCGGCCAGCCGUCUGCCUCUCCAAGGCCCACCUAGCCAGCUCCUGCCAGCCCAGCAGCUGCCGCCCGACCAGCAGAAUCUCCAGCUCCAUGGGUUCCUACAGCCGGUACUUUGAGGGCUCCUUCAAUGGCAACGAGAAGGAGACCGUGCAGUUCCUGAACAACCACCUGGUCAGCUACCUGGAGAGGGUGCGCCUGCUGGAACGAGACAACGCACAGCUGGAGAGCUGCAUUCGAUACGCCUCCCAGUCUCAAGCGUCUGCCUUGGGUCCUGACUAGCAGUCUUAUUUCAAGACCAUCGAGGAGCUCCAGCGGAAGGUUCUGUACACCAAGGCAGAGAAUGCCAGGAUGAUUGCGCACGUCUACAACGCCAAGCUGGCUGUUGCCGCCUUCAGGACCAAGUACGGGAUGGAGCUGGCCAUGUGGCGGCUGGUGGAGGCCAACACCAGUAGCCUGUGCAGGGUGCUGGGUGAGCUGACCCUGUGCAAGGCCGACCUGGAGAUGCAGGUGGAGUCCCUGAAGGAGGAGCUGAUGUGUAUCAAGAAGAACCACGAGGAGGAAGUCGAUGCCCUCCGAUGCCAGCUUGGGGACCGCCUUGACGUUGAGGUGGACGCCGCAACCCCCGUGGACCUGUACAGGGUUCUGGAAGAGAUGUGGUGUCCGUACGGGGCCCUGGUGGAGAACAAUCACAGGGACGUGGAGGAACGUUUCACCAGGCAGAUGGAAGAACUUAACCAGCAGGCAGCCACAAGCUCUGAGCAGCUUCAGAGCUACCAGUCAGACAUCAAUGGUCUGAGACGAAUGGUCAACAUGCUGGAGAUUGAGCUGCAGGCCCGACACAGCCUGAGAGACGCUCUGGAAUCCACCCUGGCAGAGACGGAGGCCCGCUACAGCUCCCAGCUGGCCCAGAUGCAAUGCCUGAUCACCAACUUGGAGGUCCAGCCGGCCGACAUCCACUGUGACCUGGAGCGGCAGAGCCAGGAGUACCAGGUGCUGCUGGAUGUCCGGGCCCGGCUGGAGUGUGAGAUCAACACGUACCGGGGGCUGCUGGAGAAUGAGGACCGCAAGCUCCCCUGCGACAUGUGCGCGACCCUAGCCUCCAGCACCUGUGCGGCCCCUGCAGCCUGUACCCCCUGCUCUCCCUACCUUUUCGGGCCUUCUCGGGCCUCCUGUGGGCCUUGCUCAUCGCCUCGAUGCUGAAUUACUCCUCAGCCAGAGAUGCCAGAAAA